CACAACGAUGCCUAAAAAUGCACAGCCCUCUGUUGAAAAGGGCAAGAAGUCUCUUGGGAGUUUCUUCAAGACUGCUGUGGGCUCUUCUGUUUCUUGCAUGCAACCCGAAGAUGUUGUUGAGGCAGAGUUAAACAGCUACCUCAUGACUCCUACCAUCGAUGGAGAGGAAGACCCCUUGGCCUGGUGGAAGAUGCACAGGAUUAACUUUCCACAACUGUGCAACAUGGCCCGCAAGUAUCUUUGUGUCCCAGCCACAAGUGCUCCUUCAGAGCGUCUUUUCAGUGCUGGAGGGAAUAUAGUGACUUGCACUCGCUCCUCUUUGAAACCAGCAAAAGUUGACAUGCUGAUUUUCCUGGCAAAAAAUCUGUGAGCUUCUAAAAAAAAAUACAGAGACAAAUCUUUGUGGCUUACAGUGCCAUAUGUUUUUUGCACUUUACAAUAGUUGUUUGCUGCUCUUACUGAGUGAAUAUAUAAUUUAUAUGAUUGUUCAAAACGUUUCUUAGGAUUUAAAAAGGUCAUACACUAAUUUAUUUUCUGUUUAUUUGAGAGUUUGAUUGACCUAUUAAAAUGUUUACAGGUUGAAAGAAGUAAUUCAUUCGGUA